AGCAGCAGGAGAAGCGUCUCUUCACCAACUUCCAUCGCCAGCUCUUCUGUUGGAUUGACAAAUGGAUCACCCUCACCAUGGAGGAUAUCAGGGCAGUGGAGGAGGAUACCCAGAGGGCACUGUGUCAGAUCCGUCAAGAGACGACUCUGCGAGGGAUGUCCGCAAAAGACGAGUGAAAUCAACCCGUCUGCAGAUGACUGGAGUUGCCUGGCGGGUGACUGACCGGAUGGAGGGCAGUCCCUCAUCUCUCCGUCCCUCGAUUCCCUCUCCGAGGUCAACAUUCCGAGUCUCUCUGACCUCUGACUCCCCGUCCCUCCGCUCCCCCGUCUAUGCCUCCUCAGCUGCUGCACAGGAAGGUCCAAACGCUGCCUCACUCCUCUCGACACUGACUCCGGGUGGGGGGGCUAGGAAAACAGUUCGGAGAUUCCCCUCUGCCUGCUCCCCCCUCUCUCUGCCUGUUCCGUCUGUGUGUCUCUCUGUCGCUCUCUCUCUCUCUCUCUCUGCCUGUUCCUCUGUCUCUCUCUCUCUCUCUGCCUGUUCCUCUGUCUCUCUCUCUCUCUCUCUCUGCCCCUCUGUCUCUGUCUCUCUGUCGCUCUCUGUCUCUCUCUCUCUCUCUCUCUCUCUCUGCCUGUUCCGUCUGUGUGUCUCUCUGUCGCUCUCUCUCUCUCUCUCUCUGCCUGUUCCGUCUGUGUGUCUCUCUGUCGCUCUCUCUCUCUCUCUCUCUCUGCCUGUUCCUCUGUGUCUCUCUCUCUCUCUCUCUCUGCCCCUCUGUCUCUGUCUCUCUGUCGCUCUCUGUCUCUCUCUCUCUCUCUCUGCCUGUUCCGUCUGUGUGUCUCUCUGUCGCUCUCUCUCUCUCUGCCUGUUCCUCUGUCUCUCUCUCUCUCUCUCUCUGCCCCUCUGUCUCUGUCUCUCUGUCGCUCUCUGUCUCUCUCUCUCUCUCUGCCUGUUCCGUCUGUGUGUCUCUCUGUCGCGCUCUCUCUCUCUCUCUCUCUGCCUGUUCCUCUGUCUCUCUCUCUCUCUCUCUCUGCCCCUCUGUCUCUGUCUCUCUGUCGCUCUCUGUCUCUCUCUCUCUCUCUGCCUGUUCCGUCUGUCUCUCUCUCUCUGCCCCUCUGUCUCUGUCUCUCUGUCGCUGUCUGUCUCUCUCUCUCUCUCUGCCUGUUCCGUCUGUGUGUCUCUCUGUCGCUCUCUCUCUCUCUCUCUCUCUGCCUGUUCCUCUGUCUCUCUCUCUCUCUCUCUCUCUGCCCCUCUGUCUCUGUCUCUCUGUCGCUCUCUGUCUCUCUCUCUCUCUCUGCCUGUUCCGUCUGUGUGUCUCUCUGUCGCUCUCUCUCUCUCUCUCUCCGCCUGUCCCUCUGUGUGUCUCUCUAUCGGUCUCUGUCUCUCUCUCUCUCUGCCUGUUCCUCUGUCUCUCUGUCGGUCUGUUGCCUCUGUCGGUCUGUUGUCUCUCUCUCUCUGCCUGUCCCUCUGUCUCUCUCUCUCUAUCGGUCUCUGUCUCUCUCAUGCUCUGCCUGUCUCUGUAACUCUCUGCCUGCCUGUCUCUGUCUCGCUCAGUCUCUCUCUCUUGCCUGUCUCUGUUUCUCCUGCUCUCUGCCUGUUUCUCUCUCAUUUUCUGCCUGUCUGUCUCUCUCUGCCUGUUACUCUCUGUUUGUCACUUUGCCCCUCUCUCUCUCUGCCUGUCCCUAUCUAACUGCUUCUCUCUCUCUCUGCCUGUCCCUGUGUCUGUCUGUCUCUCUCUCUCUGCCUGUCUCUCUCUCUGCCUGUCCCUGUGUCUCUGUCCCUCUCUCUCUGCCUGUCCCUGUCUCUCGCUCUCUGCCUGUCCCUGUCUCUCUCUGCCUGUCCCUGUCUCUCGCUCUCUGCCUGUCCCUGUCCCUGUCUCUGUCUCUCUCUCUGCCUGUCCCUGUCUCUCGCUCUCUGCCUGUCUCCGCGACACUCUCUCUCUCUCUCUUUCUCUCUCUGUCCCCUCCCUGUGUGCCAGGUGGAGGAGGAUCCAGACAUACUGCGGUCUCUUGAGGUGGGGGUGAGGGAGUUGCGAUGAGCAGGAUGAGGAAGCUGAUGUUGAGGGUGAGGGGGGGGAGGGGGUGGGGGUGGAAUGAUAUCCCCCGGGACUGUCCCCGGGUGGGAACAGGCUGGCGGUGGGGCUGUUUACUGUGAGACAGCAACUGUAAUCAGCAGCUCCUGUUAUAAUCCUGACCCUCUGUAUCAUUAAAUCAACUCGAACUGA